AUGGAUCAAAGACAUAGGGAUAUGGAAUCAAUGAAGAACAGAAAGUUUGCACUUUCACACCAUAAAAUUCACAGUCAAAGUCAUUUUCAUGGCGUUAAAGAGAAUGUAUCAAUUCGAAGUAGUCAGAUAACCGGGAGUGACCGUAGCCUAGAGAGCCAUAAAUUCAAUUAUUUUAAACUUCGCGGUAUACAACUGGACAGUUUCAAGAAGCGAGAAUAUGAACGAACACUAACCAGUGAUGAUAACACAGAGCUUGUUGUCAACAAUGGUUGUAACAGUAGAAGUGAAUCACAUUUGGAUCGAAUAAGAAAAGUCAACAAUUUGUCUGAAUCAACUGGACUUCAUUUGGGCCAUCGUAUAAAUACUCACUUAAGUAUUACACUGACAGACAAAUCAUCUUCACAAUGUAAACAUUCAGUUACUACAAAGUCCUUGUUGUCGGAAGUAAAACAUUUUCUAAGUAUGAAAGAAACAUUACAACCUAUUAAAAGUAUAUUUCCUGUAGUUCAAAUGAAAAAUCAGAUCACUUCAACUGACAGUUGGACAAAAUUUACAAAGAGUUCAAAUGCAAUCGGGCAUAUACACUUCUCACUUGAAUAUGCAUGGACUUUGAGAACGCUGAAAGUUGUAAUUAGUCAUUUAACUGGUGUCAGUAACUUUGGAAAGAGUUUAACUGCCAUUCCAAGUCGAAUAAAAUCAGUUUUCGUCAUUGCAUUACGAAUACAAAAGUAUGGAAAAUUUCCUGGAAACAUUGAAGAAAUUCAGGAAGAAAGUGAUACAUUUAGUAGAAGGUAUCUUACACUGCCUGAUUGUACAUCAGCAAAUCCAUAUUUUGAUCAGUCAUUUGUAUUUUCUAUCACUUUGAAUGAAAUAAGAUACACUGAGUUAGUAAUGACAGUAAUGCAUACAAUUUCAUCCGAUCAAUAUGCCGGUGAAUACAAUCAUGUACAAGAUUUGAAUUGUCCCAAGGAAACACCAAACUUGGUUACAUCUGAUCAUCAUCAUGAUGCUCGUCAUCAAUUUAGUCAAAGAUUACUUCGUUUAAGCGAAAUACCUGAAGAGAUGAAAAGUAUUGGUGUAGCGUUUCAUAAAAUUGAUCAUGAGAAGUUAGUUCAUUUUCCAGGGGAAUUAUUGCAUGUUUGGGAGGAAUUACACACACCACUUGAAAAUCAUGACGUCAUUUAUCUCGACAAAGCAACAAAUGAAAAGAAAUCGGCUUUACAGAAGAAGAAUUGGAGAAGGAAUAUAGAAAAUAUGGUUGAUAGCGAAGGCAUCUAUGUAUGUUAA